AGAAAAAUGACUUUACUAGCGUUCAUCUUCCUGCUUGCCUUCCUCCCAGCUGAAUCUGCAAGCAGCAGAUAUGUCCCCAAGGCAGCAAUCUCCAGCCCUGUGUUCGGACCACGGCAGGUAUAUGGUCUGCUCAACGGGUCAGUUACAGUGAAAUGCUUCUACCCUCCCACCCGCGUGAACAGACACGACAGAAAGUAUUGGUGCAGGCAGUCGGCCACGGGCUGCAUGACCGUUGUCUCCACCAACGGCUACACUGCUCCAGGCUACGAAGGCAGAGCCUCCAUCACUGACUACCCACAGGCAGAAAACUUCCAGAUUAACAUCUCUGAGCUUACAAUGGCAGAUGCAGGCACCUACCAGUGCGGUGUUGGUAUCAAUGGCAGAGGGCUCUCCUACAAAGUCAGUCUGGAUGUUUCUAAAGGUCCACAUGUACCCGAGGGUGCUGAGCUCUUCUAUGUGAAGCUGCACAGCACUUUGACCAUGUCCUGCAGCUUUGGGAAGGAGUAUGAGAGCGUGAGGAAAUUCUUGUGCAAGAUGGAGAAAAACGGCUGCCAUAACGUCAUCGAUAGUUAUGGGAAUAUCGAUAAGAGGUACACAGGGCGAGCUCUGCUGAGCAAUGAGGAUCUUCCAGGCUCAUUCAGCAUCGUGAUAACUCAGAUGGGCUGGGAAGACUCUGGCUUGUACCUGUGCGGGGUCGGCUUCUAUGGGGAGAGCGGAGAAACGAAGGAACUGGACGUGCAUGUCUAUGAGGAGACAAAAGUUCCUCAAGCAAAGCCCACAAUAAUCGGAGUAAAAGGAAGUUCAGUAACUUUUGAAUGCCACUAUGAGUCUCUAAAAAAGUCAUCAGCGAAGUACUGGUGCAAGUGGAGACAGAACGGGUGUGCUCGGAUCAUAGAGAGCUCCGGGUAUGUGUCGGAGUUGUAUGAAGGAAGAGUGGCCAUGUACGACAGCCCAGAUAACAACACGAUCACCAUCAUCCUGAACCAGCUGAAGGACACUGACAAAGGCUAUUACUGGUGCAUGACAGAUGAGGAUAAGGAGCAGCAAUCAUCAACUGAGCUGAAGAUCAUAGACGGAGAACCUGGACUGAAGGGAAAGAAGGAAGUGGACGCGCAAGUGGGUUCACGGGUCGAUUUAACUUGCUUUUAUCCAUGCAAGUACUACUCCUACCAGAAGUACUGGUGCAAGUGGAGCAGCAGCAGAUGCACCCCCAUGCCUGCUUCUGACCAAAGGCAGCCAGGGCCAGACGUUACCUGUGACACCGACAACAAGACAGUUAUCCUGAGCUUUGACUCAGUGGCAAAGACAGACCAAGGGUGGUACUGGUGUGGAGUGAAGCAUGAUGGCCUCUUUGGGGAAACCAUGGCAGUCUACCUGCAGGUGACCGAAGGUAUCAGUGCCGACCGCAGCCUAGAGCUCCUGAACGUUGAUGCCCCCAGCCCUGCCAAGGGUGGCUUUAUUCCCCAAGGAAGAGCGUACAGCGGUGCAGAGGAGCAAAGCGCAGCUGCCUCGGAAAGCUCUGAUCAAAGCCAUGGCCCCAAUGUACUUCUUUUAGUCCUGGGCCCUGUUGGUGCCGUGCUCCUGGUCGUUGCGACAGCUUUUGCCGUUUUUAAAUACAGGCAGCUGAAGAGAUCUGACCUCGUGUCCGUCGGGAGCUACAGGACAAACAUCAGCAUGUCAGACUUCGAAAGUGUGAAGGAGUACGGUGCAAGCAAUAACGCCUGCGUGAAAGAGAGCCAGGAGACUCAGAUAGGAGGGGACGAGUUCAUCGCCACCACGGCCACCCCAGAAAGUGCUGCCGAGACAAAGAAGGCAAAAAGGAGCUCCAAAGAGGAUGCUGACCUCGCCUACUCUGCCUUCCUCCUCACCUCCAGCAGCAUUGCACAGGGCAGCUCCGAGGGGGACAGCGCUGCCCCGGCCGUGUCCCCUCCGAACUGGGAGGGCUAG